AUGUCGGGCACAACGCCCACCGCUGAGCCCGGUGUCGGCGAUGCCUCGACAGACAGCGUCCCUCACGACAGCGAUUCGACCGUCUUGACGUUGCACUCGAACAGCAAUAUGAUGUCGCGCGUCUUGCUUCCCUUUGCAGGCGUUUGCCCCCCCGACUUACCUCUUCGAACUUCCUCCACCAUGGCGCGGUAUGAUCGACGACUCCUUGGACCCCUUACAUUGCGCUUCAAAGCCCAGGGUCGCAGUCCCACGGCUUGGCAGAGCAGUGCACAAGACCAAAUUCGACGAACAAUCUGGACCGAAGUUCAGAGGCUCGCGACUGUCGCAAAGAAGCAAUGCGAGCUGCCGGCCAUUGUCUUCGAUGAGGCACCAGAGUCGUUUGGGGAGGGCAAAGGAUGCAUUGACCUAGUCUUUCGGUCACCUAAAGCGCUCGACUUGAUGCGAUACCGGCUACACUGCUUCACCCUCGCAGACACUACCGGAACCAGGCUGCAAUACCGCAGCGCAGGCUGGACCGGCACACUACCAGGCUCUGUCUUCAUCUUUGACUGCCUCAAGCUUCCCGUGACGCCAGCUGACAGCGAAGCAGUGCUCGAUAGCUUCAAGACUAUGGCUUCCGACAUUGGGACCAUGCUCGGUCUCGGUCACGUUGAGCUCAAGGGCUCCGAGUUCGAACUUACCGACAAGUCCACAGGCACCGUACGUGGAUACAUCAAGCUUCACCCAAAGAGCCUGAGCAUGCCCUUCUCAACCUUCAUCAGCUACCUGCCUACCCAUUUUCUUUGGCAUGGUGCGCCGUACACACUGCAGUACUCUGGGCGAGACCUUCACAAGGAAGCCGCGUUUAGCCAGAGCUACCCGCUAGGAGGAGACGCUAGUCACGACCAGCUCAAAAGUACCGCCUCGAUCUUGUCUCCUGAGUCAAAGGGAUCCAGCGAAGACGAAGAUCCAAGGGACAAUGUGAGGAAGCGAAGUCGCAGCUGAAGAGUGUGGCCACUGCCGCUACGAUGAGCGCGCGC